GGAAAAUUUGUGAAGUGCUCCUCUUCUUGGGAGUGAUCGAUCGAUCGCGGUGAUGGGGCGCCAGAGUUGUCAGUCGCAGCAGUGGGGCCGGUCCUUGGUGCUCAUGGCCCUGGCCAUGCUGCUGGCCGGGACGGGAGCACGGCCGACCAUGCGCUUGGAUGCCGUUGGGAACUUGCGCAUCGACACCGGUCCGACCGAGACGGCUGCCAGCGUCUUGCUCAACGGCGUCGAUGCCGUUGGGGCCCUGACCGCCCUGCGGCGGGCGAUUGUUCAUCUGGGCGGCCACAUCAUCGAGCCUGCUCCCCUUAUCGAGGAGCCUGUCGAGGCAGCCAAGGCUUGCUUUGCGCUGAAUGAGUGUGGCCAUCUCGUCCUCAACAGCAGCACGGGCCGAGGCGUUCUGUUGAAUGGGAUGGACGUCCUGCACGAGCUGACGCUCCUCCAGCAAGCCACAGAGGCCCUAGCGUCGAGUGCUGCGAUCGAGACGGCCUCCACGGCCUCAAGCGCCUCGGUGGCGCCUGUUUCCGCUUCCUGUUCUACGCUGAUGGAUGCGGGGGCCGAAAAUUCCAUCACGGUCGACUCUGUGGGCAACGUUCAUCUCAAUUCGAGCGGGAUGCAGGCCAUAUGGCUGAAUGGGCUGGAUUUUCUCAGCGCGCUGGCCGAGCUGCAAGCCGCGGUCACCCGUCUGGAGCAAGCCACCACGGCGUCUCCGAGCACCUCACCGGUCCCCGUCCAUGUCCAUGUGGGCAACGUGGGCUGUGACCUGUCCGCAAUCCCGCCCACCACUGCCACGAUCCAGGGGAACCUGAUGCUCGACCAAUGCGGGGACGCGUUCACGGGGGCCGGGAUGAUGGUCUUGAGCCACCUCCAGCGGGUUGAAGGGUCUGUAUCCAUUUCGGGCAAUGCUGCUUUGACCCACGUGGAUGGUCUGAGCAACCUCUAUUACAUCAGUGAUAGCCUGACGAUUGGCAACAAUGCUGCUUUGACCAGCGUGGAUGGCCUGGGGCAUCUGAUCGACAUCGGCGGCUCCUUGACAAUUUCUGAAAAUGUGCAGCUGACCGACAUUGAUGGCUUGAGUGGUCUCAAGUCUAUUCCAGGCCAUGUUUAUGUCUCCAACAAUGCCCAGAUCACCAAUGUGGAUGGCUUGGCUAGUAUCAAUUAUAUUGCUAGUCACCUCAGCUUGAUUGGCAACACUGCUUUGAGUCAAGUCGAUGGUCUGCGAAGCGUUACUAGCGUGCCCGGGCACCUCACCAUUACGACUCGCCGGUCGGGCUUUCCGAUUACAAAAGGGGUGAAAGACUCCUCGCCGUGGCGGUUAUUGGAGGCGAGAAAAAAGACCACGGCCUCUGUUGUGGUGGCAGUGGACAGGUGGCUCAAGCCGCUCCUGCCCGCGCACACCACCACCCAUCCCCUCUCUCACCUCGAUGCAUUUAUCAACGGUGCUGCCAAACAAGACCCCAAUCUUGGAACGGCAGUUGCUUCAAUCCGCAAAACCAUCGAUGAAGCUCGACCAGAUUGUCCCGCCAUGGACUGGGCUACCUUUCAGGCGACCAUUACCCAGGUUCUCAACGCACUCGACCAGGCACUGGCAGCGCCCAAAGCGUUGAGCAACCGCUUGAAGCAAUUGGACCCCAACACUGACAACCUAGAAUCAAUACUGCAAGAGCUGCAUGGUGCCACGACUGGAUUUGAGCUGCAACCAGCUUUUCUUGAGCUUCAGACCUUUUUGGCAGCAUGCCCCGCUCCACCCACCACGCCAGUGAUUGCGCCCAAAACGCCACCCUCCGACCUAGCGGCGGCCCUGAGCAAAGUCAUCGUUCUGAGCGGCGUGGAACCCAAACGUCAAGAGCUGCUCACCAGCGCCAACAGCAACCUCAAGCGCUUGGUGCUGGCCUUGAUUGAUGCCCUGGGUGCCGUGGCAAGAGCGGGAACCAAUGACACGAUUCAUCGCGUGGAGACGCUAGGGCAGUGCGCGCGAUGCGUGGAUGCGAGUGCGCCGCCGCCAGCCGAGGCAUUGCCCGAGGCCUGGGAGGAGCUAUGCCAAGCUCACGGGAAGCUGAGCCUAACGCUAUGCAGAGGCAAAUGUCAUACAUGUGUUUUGUUCUGCCCCCUUUUAGGCUUGAGCUGUCGAAUGAGAAACUUACAUGUUAACAAAUCUAUCCCCCGGGAAUGCCACGGCCUGCAAGCAGAACUCAAGUGUGACAUCAUGUUUUGUCUUUUUCCACACGUCAAUCCAUCCUCUUUCAAUCCAUUCUCGCCUUGCUCGUAUCCUCUGUUCACUCGGCCCGCCAACGCUUCGAGCUAUCGUCAUUCAACACACCCAGCCAUGUCAAGGGCGCAAGAGAGCGUUUGCUUGCACUGCAAUAUCACCUUCCACAGUCGUGUUGCAAGAGAUCAACAUGUUUCUUUGGUGCACCAGAAGAGAACACGGAUCAGGUUGAACGGAGAAGUGAUCGUUCGACACCGGGAGAAUGACGGCUUUUUUCAUUGCCGAGUGGCAGGGUGCCACUACCGCCACAAACGUGCGGUCACUCUCAAGUCUCACCUUCGACACCAACAUGAGGAGCGGGCACCACCCAUGCCGGCAGUGAUCAACAACCAUCCGCCUGCUCGCCAAAAACCCGCUCGAACGCGCACGAGAAAGCGCGUAGUCAGGCUUGACCGAGGCCUAGGCAUUGCUGGGGCUCGGCAGUUCAUGGAGGGCAUUGGUUGCUUGGUCAUUGUCGAAGAGAGCCACGAUGCUUCGGCAGCCGAUGUAAGCGAAAACGAGCAGGAGCUCGAGGAGCAGCAGCGGUUCAAGCACUUUAUCUCAAGCACCCAGGCCAUGGCCUCAGAGGCUGAGGAUAAGCGAUGCCCGCACGGCGUUCACCAGAUGCAUCCGUUCUACGACAGCGUGGGCAUGACGCUGGUCAUUAACGAGCUGAAGUCAGAGCGCAUGGUCGAACUGGGCCACAACACCCCGUCGGCACUCCUCGAGUCGGGCAUGCAUGAGCUGUUCUGGACGGCCUACGAGCAGCUCUCGGAUCAGGGCCUGGCCGCCGCUGCGGUGACGCGUCUGUUUGACGACAAUGAAGGGCAGUAUCAGCAUCGCCCCAUGCGGCAAGUACAGCCGCAAACCGUCAGCAGGUACCUGAGUCUUGGAACACGCCUGGUCCAAUUUUUGCUGCUGCUGGAGGCCAUGCCAGCCCCCGAUCCGUCCAGCUUUCUGGGCCAGGUGCUUGCCAGCCGUGGCCCUGCGGUAAUCAAUGCCACCGCGGCUCUGAGUGCGGCUCUGGACGCUGGAAUGACCAAGAAAGAGCUGGUCGAGCCCCUGACGUCUCUGUGGCUGGCCCUGGUGGAGGUGGAGCUGAGCCUCUUUGACAACGACAAGGUGCACUUUGUCAACGUCUUCCUAUUGUGCACGGCCGUGUCCAAAGGAAGCGGCAUCCUGCAAGACAUCAGGCAGUGGACCACGACGCCCGCUGGACUGCUGUACGUUUUCAAAUUGUUCCUGCUUCGCCGUGGCAAGAAUGAGUCGUGGUCAGUGGCCAACGAGUUGAGGCCGUAUAUGCAGCCCGGGCGAUUGGUGCAUUUCUUGAGCCAGCGCAUGAGCAUGGCACGAACAGCGAGCAUGGCCGAGGGGCAGGCUGGAGUCGACGUCGAGGUCCGAGCCGAUGGCGACGUGACGGACGAGACGCUGCACACCAUUGUCUGUCGAGGCAUUGAGCUCAAUGUGGAGGAGCUUGGGGCUGCCUUGGAGCAGAUGCGCAAAGACAUGACGGAAACAUUGGACAAGCACCUCUUGUUGGUCUCAGGCCUGCGGACGAAGUACGAGAACGAAAAUGAGCGGCUGCGAUUGAAGGAGGAUCGGACCAACAGGGUCAAGAACUGGUGGGUGGGCCAUGGCAGUCCAGCCGAGAACGCGCUGUUUGAUCACAUUGGCCAGACCCCGAGUCUGCGGCAAGAGUUUAUCCGAACGGAGCAUGGGUCCAGUGGCGAGCUGACCUUUCGAGAGGACAGGGUCUGCCGCCACGAGCCUCUGUGUAUCAAGGGCUGUCCUACAAAAACGGCGUGGGCCGGCAACGAGCCGCGUUUUUUUGCCGAGAAGCAGCUCUCCAUAUUGACCCGCGUGAGCAAGACCUACUGGCUGUCCCUGAACGAACAGCACACCUUUCGAUACCCUCUGGAGCACAUGCUGAGCAGCUGGCUGCAAAAGCGGGGCGGGCUGGACACCCCCGACGACGAGAACGGCAUUCACAAUGCCGAGCAGGACGACGAAGAUUUCCUCGACGACGAGCUGGAUGAAGACCACAUGAGCCACGACGAGACGAUGACUUUGCGACGCGAGGUCCGGGACGCUCGAAACCACUACAACAACAGCCACCUGCUCUUCAACAUUGCGCCCCUGCAGACGAUGGUCAGCCCAGCCACCAUAUAUGCGACAUUUCGUCGACAAAUGACCACGUACCUGCAUCGGCCAAAGCUGGGGGUGGCCACGUGGCGACACGCCGCAACCUUCUGGAUGACGACGUUUGUGAUUAACCGACUGUCGGCCGAGACGACCGGCGCCCUGGGCAGCCUGAUCCACACUCAAGCUCAACACUCUGGGGACACCGCCCAGCGGGCCUAUGCACGCACAGCCAGUGACCAUGUGCAAACCAAAAUGUCGUCGCGAUUGAUGCAUCAAGUGGCCUCGCAAAAAUGGCAUGCUUUGUUUGGACUAGAUCGCAAGCGCAGCAUAGCCGAGUUGACCGCGAACCAAGAAGCAUUGAAAGCUCGCUAUCCCAUCAGCUGGAACCCGGUGACUGACCUCUCACCCGAGGCAAACGGGCGUAUCAUCAUGAACACGAGGGCCGAGCAUGACGUACCCUACAUGACCCAGCUGGCCAAGCAGGCGAGCAUCUCGUGGGGCCACAGUUUCAACAGCCAAGAACAGUUGGACCUGGCUGCGGCUAUUGACCAGCACCAGCCGGAGGAUGGAUGGCUGAUUGUUGUUGCACCGACAGGCAUGGGCAAAACAUUUUGUACCCUGCCCAAGCUGGGCUGUCGCCCGCAUGCCGGUACGGUGCUGUGGAUUGUGCCGUUUGUGGCCGUGGCCAACGAUUUAUUGCGGCGAUUUCAAGGCGCAGGUCACAGUGCCCAGCGAUGGCUUGGUCCCUCUACACAGGUGGCAGAUGGCCUGGACGUGCUCAUCGUUACGACCGACAUGUUUGUCCGCGUGGGAUCUGAAUCCCUACAUGGGAAGGUCUGCUUUCAGCGCAUCCGCACCGUGGUGAUGGACGAGGCGCACACACUCAUCUCAGAUGCCAGCUACCGAGAUGUGAUGGACGAAGUCGCAGCCAGUGUUGGCUCUGGCGGAUGGACCAACAUCAAACGCGUGGCGUUGACGGGCACACUUUGCAUCGGGGACCAGGAGCAUCUGUUUCGAAAGCUGGGUCAGCAAGUCGGGGGCAAGGUGUACCGUCUGGAGACGAUGCGUCGCGAUCUGCAGCUGCGUGUGCUUCACGGAAAUCAGCUGAACUUUUUGUCGCAUGUGCAAGACACUGUGGACACGCAGCGGGUGAUGCGUCAGGCGAAUGGGGAGCGUGUGCACAUGAUGGUCUUUUGCGACACUGUGAACGAGGUGAAGCUGCUGUGUGACCAGCUGCACGCACGCGGCUACAUGGCCUUGCCCUACUACACCGACCUGGAGGAGAAGGCGCAAAAGGACCACGUGGCACAGUGGCAACGGGGUGAAUGCGACGUCAUUGUGGCCACCAGCUGCCUCAGCACGGGUGUGGAUCUGCUCACCAUUCGCCACGUGCUGUGGUAUGGCAACGGCUACAACGUCUAUACGCUGGCCCAGGCAUUUGGUCGGGCUGGUCGCGAUAAACAGGGAGGAACUGCCGAGCUGUGGCUACCAGUGAGACGUGGGCCAGCACCGGGCAUGGAAAAGUUUGUCGAGGGCAAUGCGUGCCGCAGCUGGGCGCUCGGCAAGUUGCUAGAUCCCCGCGCCGCGACAUGCUUUGCUGCCGGCCAGUCGCUUUGUGACGUGUGCGCAGGAACAGCACAGCGCCUGGAGCCAGCAAUAGCUGCGCGCCAGCAGCGCGCUGCCCAAGCGUUGAGUGUGGGGCAUGUGGAAGCAGAGCCCGAGGCGAUGGCGGAGGAGGAAGAUGUGUUGUCUGAGCCACCUGCAGCACGGCUCGAGGAAGAAGAAUCGAUCGGGCCAGAGUCCGCUUUGGAUGUAACUUCAGCAUCGAACGUUGACACAGUCGCGUCCCCAGGACCAGGUGCCGUUGCAGCGCAGUCGAGCAGAAGCACUCCACGUGCCCAGGACACGGCUGUGGUGGCGACAAAUGGAGGGCCAAUGACGGACGCUGCUGUGCCACGGAUACAGACGAGUGCUGCUUGGAUUGAUGAGGCAGAUACAGCACCCAUGUCGGUGCCAGCUUCACCCAUGGUCUCUGAUGCUGAUGGCGAGGCGCCUUUACAGCAAGACGCGCGUGGCCCGGCGCAAACCACGAUGGCAGAGGGCGAGAGCACGUCACAGCCAGUCGUGCAGUCAGCAGCACAGCCAACCCCCACGAAACACGCGCCAACCCCGUCGGCCUCGAUCAUUUGCGUGCCAGUACCAUCGGCCUCGGGUUCAACCUCGUCUCCGGCGCGAUCGGCUGCAAGCUCAGCCUCGGGUACACUGCGGCGUAAGCGAGUGCCGCUGGCUGCUGAAAGUACAUGUACCCCUGGGUCUGACAAUCAUGACGAUGGCAACGGCAUCGCUACCAGCCCUGCUGCCUCAACAUCCAAGCGAACGGCAUCGGAUGUCACGUGCACAGCUGUUGCUUCUUCAACAGCGGCGCAAGCAGCGGAGUCGCCUCUUCCCGCAGCAAAACGAGCAGCAUCGAGUGGCACGCGCACCGCUACCGUUGCCGCUACUGCUAUCACUCGCUCUGAAGCCCCGACGCGCCACGAUGAAGCGGGCCAUGGGCGGGGCGCGCGCGCACUCCUGGUGGUGCGUUGUCGUCGUUGUGGCGCGACGGGCAAGUGCUGCCGAGGUGCAAGCGACGUCAUGGAUGAACGGGUGGCCAAGCGACAUUGCCGCGUGACCGUCAUGGAUUUACCAUUCUUGCUGAUCUCGUGUUGGGCUGCCAUUUGUUGUCAAGACAAUUCCUCGCUCUGA